GACGUAGCGGAUUUGGUUGAGGGUGAUGAACAGCUCGAACGGAUCCUCCUGGUUAGGUUCUCUGAUGCCGCGCUUAACCUCCUUCUUAAUCUUGGCCUCACGCUUCUUCCGGUGACUCGUAAAUCCUAGCAAAUCCUUCUUGUAGGCCCACAGCACGGACUUGUUCUGCUUGACGUCGACGCUCGACAUGAUAUAGUGGAGGUGGACGAUGACAUCCUUUGCGCGAUCGCCAACGACGACGAAGAAGCUCCGCUUCUUCUCCUGCACGCCAUUUCGGAUGAGGGCCGGAAUACGGGAAUCAAUCGCUUUGCGGGGCAUGUUGGAGGCUGAUUCCUGUGACCCUGGAGAGGGGAGGGGGUUGACUUGGGUAUUUAAAUGAGCGCUCGCAGAAAGGUCUCGAUGGCCCGCGAACGAAAAUUCGUAGACGGCGGCGGGGACCACAGAUUGCGGGUUUGCAGCGGGUAUACAGAAACACCACUUGAUUUGCGAAACAGGGAGACACAAACCAGGCCCUCAAAGCAACAAGAGAAACGGUCGGCCAGGUAAAGAAAC